UGUGUGUGUGUGUGUGUGUGUGUGUGUGUGUGUGUGUGUGUGCAGACUGUAUAUAAAGGACCUACAGAGUAAACUGAAACAGAACCAUCCCUCCUGAACAGAGGCUUUACAAAACAGGAAGAGAAUGGCAAAGGAAGAACUGGACAAGACACUGUAUGGAGGGGAGAUAACGUCUGUUGAAUGAGUUCAAAGUGCGUGUCUCAGUGCAUCAGCUGAACUCUGGAGUGAAAGAAACAAAAGUUGCACUUUACAUCUCUGCUUAGCAUCUGAAGAACUCAAUAAAAAUGGGGAACGCACCAUCAGAAAGUAACAUGGGCGAGCAGCUGAGAUGCUGUAAAUGUUAUAAUGUCCUGCCUCCAUGCAGAUCUUUCUCAGAUUUCUACAGAAGUACUAUUCAUGGGCGAGAUGUAUAUGUUUUCAAUGGAGGAGAAUACUACAGAACAGUUGGCCAUGAUAACUCAUACGAGUGUGAAUAUUGUUUUAAUAAGCCAAUCAGAGAUCAAGAACAACUGAGGAGAGAAGAGGAGAGACGGAGAGAGGAGGAGAGGAGGAGAGAAGAGGAGAGGAGGAGAGAGGAAGAGAGGAGGAGAGAGGAGGAGAGGAGAAGGGAAGAGGAGAGGAGAGAGGAGGAGAGGAGGAGAGAAGAGGAGAGGAGGAGAGAAGAGGAGAGGAGGAGAGAAGAGGAGAGGAGUAGAGAGGAAGAGAGGAGAAGGGAAGAGGAGAGGAGAGAGGAGGAGAGGAGGAGAGAGGAGGAGAGGAGAAGGGAAGAGGAGAGGAGGAGAGAGGAAGAGAGGAGGAGGGAAGAGGAGAGGAGAAGGGAAGAGGAGCGAAAGAUGGAAGAAGAACAGCAAAGGGCCAAAGAGGCUGAAGAGAAGAAGAGACAAGAAGAACUGAAUCAAAGACUUGAAGAAUCACAACAUCAAGCUCAAGAGCAGCAGGAGGAUCAACUGAGCAGAGACAUUUCAGAGGAACAUGAGUCCAAGCGAAGAGUUCUAAUAAGCCAUCUGGAUGAGUUUGAGGCAAACUAUGACUCAGACAGUGAUGAGCUUCUAGAAACGCUCUCAUCAAGAUUUAACAUCCCCGUUCCAAGCCUCAGUCUCACUCAGCUGACUGCUGAUCAGCUGGGCAACAUCCUGUCAGCCCUGGACAAACUCCUGUUUGAAGAUUGGAUCAGUGCUCCUCCAUCCCUCAGCACUCUGCAGCACACACAGGUGUUCAUCACAGAGCUGUGUGCCCUGUCUCUGGAGAUGUCUCAGGGACUUUCCCUGCACAGCGUCUACGAUCAUGUGGAGUCCAUCAGCCAAUCAGCAUGCAGUGUUUCUGAGAGCUUCCUGCUGACUCAAGCUCUGUACCUGACCCUGAUGCACUUCUUCACUGGCCACGGCAGCUGUGAUUCUGAUGCAGCUCUAAUAGCCAAUCAAUGGGCUGAGAGAGACCUUUCCACUGAGGAUCUCGUCCUUACAGAAUUCCUCGGUACCCUCACAUCAUCGCUACACAAUGUGGUUGGAAGAGCCUCUGUGUUCAUUUUAAAGAUGGAAAUCCAGAGCUUGAAGCUGCUUCUUUUCACACUCACACAUCUCAAUGACAAAGAAAGCCACUCAGAAUCCACUGAAAUGCUCCUCAGACUUGUGCAAACAAACCAAUGGACACCAGCAGAGGCAGUGAAACUGCUCAAAGAGCUAUCAGAGAAAUAUGCAGAUGAUGCUCCCAUAACUGAAGUGCUCAUGUUGGUACAAGCGUAUGACAUAUCACCAGAGUGGACAGAUGACGCCGGACACUCCCUCAUCCAGGCCCUGGACUUCAUUGGCCCAGAGAGAUUCCCACUUCAUUUCAGAGACUCUCUCAGAAAGCAAGAUGAGAGCAGUCUAGAUUCAGCUCUGGCAGAAUUAAAAACAUCAAGGAAUUUAGACGAUUCUGUUGUUGACAUGAUGAAAAUCAUUACCACUGGCGUCCUACAAUAUUCAGAAAAUGCCCCAAAAGAUGAACCAUUCGUGAAAGAUUCCUUUAAAUCUGAGAACCUGAAUGCAGAUGAUAUCCAACGCUAUCUGUCUCAGCUCUGCAAAGUAGUUUCUGACACAAAAGGCCGGUGGCCCACAGUGCAGCAGAUGCAGUGGUAG